AUGACCGACGGCACCAAGCCUCUCAAGAGUGGCAUCGGCCACCUCAAGAACAACGCGCACCCCCUCUGGUGGCGCGAUCCCGGCCUCCGCAAGCUCACCAUCGGCAUUCUCGUCGGCUUUUGUGGCAGUGUCCAGACUGGCUACGAUGGCGCACUGAUUGCUGGCCUGCUGGCCAACCCGCUCUUCUGGAUUGCCCUCGGGGCCCCGACCACCGCGAAACUCGGCCUCAUCGUCGCGUCCCAGACCAUCGGCUCCCUCCCCGGCCUCAUCCCCGCCGCCAUCCUCGCGGACCGCCUCGGGCGCCGCCGUGCCAUGGCCAUCGGCUAUCUAAUCUUGAUAGCCGGCGCCAUGACCCUCGGCUUUGCAGGAAUUCAGGGUCCGUGGUACAUUUUCGGAGGCAGAAUCAUCGUCGGUUUCGGAUCCGUUUUCACCACCAUCGCCGGAGCUCCCUACACCGCCGAAAUCGCUCAUCCUCGCAAUCGUCCAGAGACAACUGCUCUUAUUCAGACGUGCUUUUACGUGGGCUCAAUUUUAGCGGCCUGGGUAGCUUUCGAAAUUUUGAUCCCGAAAUUGGUCAAUUCCUGA